AUGCCUUCAGAUAUGAAAUCGUCACUUCAUCGUUUCCGUGUUGAAAGUCGGCCGUCCCCAUCAUUGCAUAGCGAUCCCCUAAUGUCCGACCGGCGGCCUUCCGCGGGUGGAGUCGAGAAGUCAUACGAUCUCUUGACGGCCAAAGCGAAUCACAUACCAGCGUGCGAAAGAUGUCGCAAUUUCAAGAAGAAGUGUAGUCGGACGUUUCCAGUUUGCUCAUUAUGUGCCAGCGCCGGAACCAAGUGCUCUUUCUCCACCCCGACCUCGUCCGCAGAUGCUCAGACACAUCAUUUGAGAGCACGACUGAACUGGCUGACUGCUAAUGUCAACCAAGCUUUGCCUGCCGGAGCCCCUAGAAUUGACACCAUUGAGACCGGAGUGGACUUGACAGAGCUGCUGCGAUGUAUUCCAGCUAGAACAGCUGCCUCCCAAGAGCAAUCGCCCGCAGCUGUAAUCACCGGUGCUCGGGAUCUACAUCUUACAGGAGAUCAGCAACUGGUCGAUCAACCGAUGACCGAUCCUGGCAGUGGUCAUUUGAGCAUCAAUGGACAGGUGACAAACUCCCCAGGGUGUCGCGACAACGUCUUCGAGCCUGCUGAGACCCUAAACAAUACUCCCCGAACGAUUAUCGAUGGCGAGCAUGUUAUUCGUCAGAAGCUUCCCCCAAACGCCGCCGCCCGGCGAUUUGUAGAUGCUUACCUUCGUAACGUCAAUCGGGCAUAUCCAUUUGUUGAUAGGAACAAGGUGCUUCGUGAUCUUGAGACGCUCGGAGAUUGCCCGACACGACAACAAGAUGCAAGCUCAACUUCAUUGUACCUGAUAAUGGCCAUUGGAUGUACCACGCUUCAGAGAGCAGGUCAAAUACCAGAUGACACCGUAUCCAAAUUCGAUGUAGUUUAUUCGGAUAUAAGUUUGCACAACACUGUUGGACACAAUAUCCUGAGGAGACUCGUGCUGUUCUCCCAGGGAAGGGAACCCUUUCCUCUAGCCAAUACAAGAAUGGUAGCUGACGGUGUAAAACUAGUGCAAGAGAAUAUCUGCCAAGAAGGAGUCGAGUCUAUACAAAUACUGGUGCUGCUAGCGCUCUAUUCUUUGUUUGAUCCCUCCGGCCCAUCUGCGUGGUCAUUAGUAGGCAUGGCGGCUCGUCAGGCUGUGCUGUUGGGGCUGACUCGCCGCCAAAGUGAAACCAGAUCCCUUUCCGCCACCGAUAUCGAGCUGAGGCAUCGACUCAUCUGGUCGAUAUAUGUGCUGGAUCGGAUGAUGGCGACUUCCCUUGGCCUUCCCGCUGCUUUAGUAGAUGAAAGCAUGAAUGUUCCGCUACCAGGGCUGACCAUUGACGAAUUCGCGUCAUCAGAUCGGUCACAGUUUGCGACCAUACUACAGACGAGCCGUCAUGUAAUCGUGCUGCGACAGAUUGAAGGGCGGAUCCUAGACCGAGUGCACCUGCUCAAACAGUCCAAGAUUAGUACACUUGCUCUUGCAGAUCGGCGGGCAAUACUGCAAGAUAUCCGAACAGAUAUCGAGAACUGGUACAGUAAUGGCUGCUUGGUGUGCCCACCCGAGCCAGACAAUAUUCCCAUACAUAACUCCAUUACUUGGCUGAGCGCAAGAUACUACUAUUUGCUGCUCCUCCUGUAUUAUCCCUCUCAAUUCACUUCAGCAGUGGUAUCGAAGGCGGAGCUCCUGCGCUUUGCACAGAAACAUGUGCAUUCAACAUCAGUGCUGUUUCAGCAACGACAGCUACCACUUAACAGGGUGACACUGUUCCGGAUAUUCCCAACUGCUUUGGUGCUCAUGCAUGGUUACGUCGCAUGCGCAGCCGAUUGCACUCCUUUCCCAGCUCAAGAUGACGUGGCUGUGCUCAUCAAGAUCUUGGAGGCAUUCUCCGGCGGUUGGUUGGUCGCACACCGAGCAUCCCACAUCCUGCGCCAAUUUCUCAAUGUAAUCAUGAGCUCGCCGGAGUAUACUACGAUACAAUUCUCCAUCGCUAGCUUCACCGAGUUGAUGCAGGAAGCUCUAGGAAAAGCGACAUGCUACGCUUCCACCGAAAUCGUAGAGGACAGAACAAGCAGACGACUUGGCUCAUACGGUUCUCUUUCUGACACUGGAAGGACAGGUCUAGGAUCGGCCACAAGUAUGUCGGGCCUGGUUGGGAGCGAUGAAUCAGACAUGAAUUAUGAAUGGCCAGGGUCACUAGAUUUAGACUUCCUGUAG